UACCAUUUUCCUCCGCCUCUAGUUGUCAAGAAGAUGGCAGCUUCCAGGCAGGCAUGAGAGGAAAUACUUCUGCAAAAAUCGAAUGAAUUUGGAUUAUUUUUGCAAGAAUAAGCAGCCCAUCAGUGCUUCUUUGAUCACUGCACCAAAAUAAAGUUAUGUCUGUCCCUGGCUCCGCGGUGACUGGGACCCCGGCGUCGGUCCUGCAGCCGCGGUGGAAGCGGGUCCUGGGCUGGUCUGGCCCUGUCCCGCGUCCCAGACACGGACACCGAGCUGUGGCCAUCAAAGAACUUAUGGUUGUGUUUGGAGGCGGAAACGAGGGAAUAGUGGAUGAACUACAUGUCUACAACACAGCUACAAAUCAGUGGUUCAUACCGGCAGUUCGUGGUGACAUCCCUCCUGGUUGUGCUGCAUAUGGCUUUGUCUGUGAUGGCACCAGGUUACUAGUGUUUGGCGGCAUGGUCGAGUAUGGGAAGUACAGCAAUGACCUUUAUGAACUGCAGGCCAGCAGAUGGGAGUGGAAAAAGUUAAAAGCUAAAAACCCGAAGAAUGGCCCCCCUCCCUGUCCUCGGCUUGGGCACAGUUUUUCUCUUGUGGGUAACAAGUGUUACCUUUUUGGGGGGCUUGCCAAUGACAGCGAGGAUCCAAAAAACAAUAUUCCCAGAUAUCUAAAUGAUUUGUACACACUGGAACUUCGCCCUGGUUCCAGUGUGGUUGGAUGGGAUAUACCGAUAACCUACGGUGUUCUGCCUCCACCUCGUGAGAGUCACACAGCUGUUGUAUACACAGAAAAGACUAGCAGAAAAUCACGUUUAAUAAUCUAUGGAGGAAUGAGUGGUUGCCGCCUUGGAGAUCUUUGGACACUUGAUAUUGAUACACUGACAUGGAAUAAACCAUCUGUUAAUGGCACUGCCCCACUGCCCAGAAGUCUUCACUCAGCAACUACUAUUACAAAUAAGAUGUACGUUUUUGGAGGAUGGGUUCCUUUGGUAAUGGAUGAUGUUAAAGUAGCGACACAUGAAAAAGAGUGGAAGUGCACCAACACCCUGGCUUGUCUAAAUCUUGAUUCCAUGUGUUGGGAAACGGUCCUGAUGGACACCCUUGAGGAUAACAUCCCCAGGGCUCGUGCAGGCCAUUGUGCUGUUUCAAUCAAUUCACGUCUUUAUGUUUGGAGUGGGCGUGAUGGUUAUCGUAAAGCAUGGAACAACCAAGUGUGUUGUAAAGACCUAUGGUACCUAGAAACUGAACGACCACAUGCUCCCGCUAGAGUUCAGUUGGUCCGUGCCAACACAAACUCACUGGAGGUGAGCUGGGGAGCAGUCUCGACCGCUGAUACUUAUUUGUUGCAGCUGCAAAAGUAUGACAUCCCUGCCACUCCAGCUUCCCCUCUAGUGAGUGUAACACCCUCCCAGCCUGUGAACUCUCCAAAGAGCCCUGCUCCAGCUGCAGCAGCCCCUGCUGCACAAAGCCUUACACAGACUGCUGUUUUAAAAGUUGCAGCUCAACAGUCUGCCACAGGAGCUUCAGUAGUCACAGUUCGCCCUAACCAGCCCGGGAAGUCCCCUGUGACUGUAACUGCUCUUCCACCAGGUGUAAGGAUGGUUGUUCCGGCCCAGACCACUCAAGGAUCUCCGAUUGGAAGUAGCCCACAAAUGAGUGGCAUGGCAGCUUUAGCAGCAGCUGCUGCGGCUACUCAGAAAAUUCCUCCCUCUUCAGCCGGUACUGUGCUCAAUGUCCCAGCUGGUGCUACCAUACUGAAAACAGUGGCAGUUUCCCCUGGUACAACAACUGUCAAAGUUGCGUCUCCUGUAAUGGUGAGCAACCCAGCCACUCGAAUGCUUAAGACUGCUGCCGCCCAGGUUGGCACAGGGACUGCAGCGUCUCCUACAACUACCAGACCUAUCAUUACUGUCCACAAGUCAGGUGCUGUUACAGUUGCCCAGCAAGCCCAGGUGGUCACUACUGUGGUCGGUGGAGUUACCAAGACUAUCACAUUGGUGAAGAGUCCUCUCACCAUGGGUGGCAGUGGAACUUUGAUCUCCAACCUUGGCAAGAUGAUGUCUGUAGUACAAACCAAGCCAGUGCAGACAUCAGCUGUCACCGGCCAGGCCUCCACUAACCCUCUCACACAGAUCAUACAGACGAAGGGUCCCCUUCCAGCUGGAACUAUCCUGAAACUGGUGACCUCAGCAGAUGGCAAGCCAACAACUAUCAUCACCACCUCACAGGCAGGAGGUACAGGAAACAAGCCGACAAUCCUCAACAUCAGUGGUGUUUCGCCUACCACCACAAAGCAAGGCACCACCAUUAUUAAGACCAUCCCUAUGUCUGCCAUCAUGAGUCAGGCUGGGGCCACAGGUGUGACCAGUAGUACAAGUUUAAAAUCACCCAUUACAAUCCUUACGACAAAGGUGAUGACCACCGGAACACCUGGUAAAAUCAUUACUGCUGUUCCAAAAUUGGCUACUGCAGCUGGGCAACAAGGACUGACACAGGUGGUUUUAAAGGGUGCCCCAGGACAACCAGGGACGAUUCUGCGCACUGUGCCCAUGAGCACCGUGGGGGGUGUUCGCCUUGUUACUCCAGUGACUGUGUCAUCCGUUAAACCCACUGUCACGACUCUGGUUGUGAAGGGGACUACAGGUGUCACUACUCUUGGUACGGUCACUGGUACAGUCUCCACCAGUCUGUCUGGAGGCUCUGUAGACUCCUCUACUGCAUCGUUGGUUACCCCCAUCACCACCCUUGGUACCAUAGCCACCCUGUCCAGUCAGGUCAUUAAUCCAACUGCCAUUACUGUGUCAGCACCUCAGACGAGCCUGACCUCUGCCUCCACUCUGCCUUCCUCUACCAUCACAGUACAGAACCAGCCCACGCAAGUAACUCUUAUCACUACUCCAAGUGGAGUUGAGGCUCAGCCUGUACAGGACCUCCCUGUCUCGAUCCUGGCCUCACCAACAUCAGAUCAACCUAGUUCUACAGAAGCAAGUGCAUCUGGAGAUGCUUCUGGGACAGUCACCCUAGUGUGUUCUAACCCACCCUGUGAGACGCAUGAAACGGGAACCACCAACACUGCCACAACUGCCUCUGCAAACAUGUCAGCUCCACGUGUGUGCUCCAACCCACCGUGUGAAACUCAUGAAACUGGCACAACAAACACAACUACCACAGCCUCUGCAAACAUGGGAGGGGUCCAGAAAGUGUGUUCAAAUCCUCCAUGUGAGACACAUGUGACCAGCACCACAAACACACCCACCCAGGCCUCGUCCAAUAUGAGCGCUGGCCCAACAGGAACUGUUCAGAGGGUGUGCUCCAAUCCGCCCUGUGAAACACACGAGACUGGGACCACCAAUACCCCGUCCACUGCCACGUCCAAUAUGGGAGACCAGAUGAGCACAGCAUCAGGCCUGGCCCAGAGAGUGUGUUCCAAUCCACCCUGUGAAACUCAUGAGACGGGGACCACCAACACCGCCACCACAGCUACCUGCAGUAUGGAGACUGCAGACGGCACAGCUCAACAAACAGAAGAAGGAACCGAAGUUACUGCCAGCGCAGAGGAGGCCUCCUCCACAGCAGCCACUGGCCUUGUGAGCACCACCCAAGGCAGAGCAGUUACUACUGUCACCCAGUCUACUCCAGCUCCAGGACCUGCUGUACCAUCGAUCUCUUCCAUCACCGAAGGUGCAAAUGCGGCUUCUAGCUCUACUGAGGAACCCAUGCAAACUGAAGAAACCUCCACUGGAGUUGCCUCUGCAGAGGAAGGAGCCACAGCCAUGGAGACACAGGGAGAGGCAGGCUCAGCCGCGGCUCUGAACCUUCCUUCGGAGCUGAUGUCUGAGGGCCAGGGAGCAACGUCCCUCAUGGUGACUGGGCUGUCGGAUGAGGAGCUGGCUGUUACUGCUGCAGCUGAAGCCGCUGCUCAGGCAGCAGCCACUGAAGAGGCUCAAGCACUGGCCAUUCAAGCUGUCCUCCAGGCUGCUCAACAGGCAGUCAUGAAUGAAGGGGAUUCUGCUGGAGAGGGCCAGCAAACCACUAAUAUCCCAAUAAUGCUGACACAGCAGGAGCUUGCGGCACUGGUUCAGCAACAGCAACAGCUCCAGGAGGCUCAAGCUGCUGCUCAGCAGAGUGCUGUGGACACAAGCAUGCCCACUGAAGGACUAGCCCCUGCAGACAGCCUCAAUGAUCCCUCAGUCGAAAGUAAUGGGCAUAAUGAAAUGGCAGCAGCAGUCACAAGUGCAGUAGCGUCUUUACUCCCACAUACUGCCGCAGACACAUUAGCCCCAACAAGCACAUUUACAGGCUCUGUUUCAGUAGCUAGUCCUGCCAAGCUGCAAGCAGCAGCGGCCCUAGCAGAAGUAGCAAAUGGUCUUGAAGGAGAGAAGCAAGCUCCUCAACCAGCCCCAGUGAAGCCUGUUGUAAAGAAGGAGAAUCAGUGGUUUGAUGUUGGAAUAGUAAAAGUGACUAAUAUGGUUGUCACCCACUACUAUGUGCCAUCAGAUGACUCUCUUGGAGAUGAUGACUCUGGUGUGAUGCCAGACUAUAGCCAAAUGAAGAAAAUGGAGCUCCAGCCUGGAACAGCGUACAAAUUUAGAGUAGCAGGAAUAAAUGCUUGUGGCCGUGGAGCCUUCUCUGAGAUAUCUGCUUUCAAGACCUGCCUACCUGGCUUCCCCGGAGCACCUUGUGCCAUCAAAAUCAGCAAGAGCCCCGAUGGAGCCCACCUAACCUGGGAGCCACCUUCAGUCACCUCUGGAAAGAUAAUUGAAUAUUCAGUUUACCUGGCUAUUCAGAGCAGCCAGACAACUGAGGCCAAAGCUUCCACCCCAGCCCAACUGGCCUUUAUGCGCGUUUACUGUGGGCCCAGUCCCUCCUGUCUGGUGCAGUCCUCCAGCCUCUCCAACGCCCACAUCGACUACACAACCAAGCCAGCCAUCAUCUUCCGCAUUGCAGCCCGCAAUGAGAAGGGCUAUGGCCCCGCUACUCAAGUUCGAUGGUUACAAGAAUCUGGCAAAGAUAUUUCAUCAGCAAAACCGGCACCGAAAAGACCAGGAACGUCUCCUGAUGGCAAGGCUGCUGGUCCAAAGAAAGCUAGGACGGAUCAGUGACUUGGCGAGUAGGAACUCUCCUGGUCUUAAGUCCUUUUUUUUUUUUUAACCAAGAGGACACCACCCCUCCCAUCAUACAAUCUUUAUCUUUCAUCGUUGUGUCUCAUAUCAGGAACACAAUGAAGACAAAUCUUUGAAGCCAAGACAAAAGUCCAUCUGGGUUAUUUUCCUUGUAGAUACUCCCUUCUUUCUGGUUCUGUUGGUUGUACUAAUGUUAGAGAAAUGCAAACUAGAAGCACA